CAGAUUUUCCGAGGACGUGGAAGCCAUGUUAGGUAUAAAACCAGGUCUGUACUGGCGAAUUUGUUGGAAAUUUGUAAGCCCUUCAUUUAUUAUAUGUGUUGUAAUGUUCGGCCUCUUCCAUCAUCAACCUCUUCAAUACAAUGAAUACUUGUACCCACCUUGGGCAGAAUGGGUUGGUUGGGGACUCACACUGUCUUCAAUAUUGAUGAUACCCCUUUUUGCAUUAAUACAAAUUGCAAAAACGAAAGGAACUUGUAUGGAGAGAUUAGCUAUUAGUAUUUCACCUAUAGAAGAACACGAAGAAAUUAGGAGAACCAAAUUAGCCAGACGGUUUAAAGCAAAACAUUGGUUAUUCGUGUAA